AUUUAUUAUUAGUCUGAAUUAAAAUAUAGUAUGAAUUUUUAUGAAUAGGUCCAUUAGGUCUAUUUUUUAAAAAAUCACACAUGAAUCAAGGUUGUGACUUCUGUUUUAAUAUAUAAGACUAGAUUUUGAUCCGCGCUUUCAAAGCGCGGGUUUUUGUUUGAUGUAAAUUUUAUAUAAUCAUGUUUUCUAUACAUGUAGACGGUGGAAUCGACUUGUUUAUUUCAUCAAUUUCAUAAACCAACAAAUAGUUACGUUGUUUAACGUUUUGCCUCUAAAUAUUGAAAUUCUAAAAUGAUUUCUAAUAUUUUUUAAUAGUAUUGAUGUAACCUGUCAUUUAUUUAAAAAUAUUAUAAUUAUAAUUUGAAAAAUUAAUGGAAUCUCUCCCAGUUGAUGAUGAUUAUGAUGAUGAUGCCCUUAACCAAAACUCACGAUAUCUCUCUGGUAUGCUGCGUUUAGGAUAUUUGUGACUAGAAAGGAAGUGCAUCUAUCUUUCUUUUUGUCAACUAAAAAUUUUGUAUAUAUAAUAUAUACUGCAAAUUCUCUAUAUAACUAACUAAAUAAUAUUUAACCAUUCCUACUAUUUUCGGAUAAUCAGUUGCGAGUCACCGACUGUUUAUCAACUCAAUCUUACACAUAAUCACAUAUUAUGGUAUGUUUUCUUUCAUAUGGUUUACAUCAAUCGCAUGUAUAUACCCGUUUUCUUACACCCUGUACUCAACUGUUUCUUUUGUCUACGAGUUCUAUACGUGGUAGCCAUAUAGUUGUUUUCUAGCUACUGGUAUAGCACAUUGUAUUCGAGAGAAUGACGUCGCCAUCUUAUUAACAAUUAGCCACAGCUGUUUUCGACUGGUAUAACACAUUGUAUACUAGAGAAUGACGUCGCCAUCUGAUUAACAAUUCACUAAAUCUUUGACGUGCGAUCUUUAUCUUUUGAAGUCAAGAAAUAAAAAAACUAAGGAUCUAGACUUCCAUUUUAUUGAAGUUCAUUUUUUUUAUUGAAGUUCAUUUUGGGAAGGUAUACACAGAGUUUCAAAGAGAAACGCCUUGGUUUUGUUGAUAGAGAACCAGAGAUUAGUCUUUUUGACAAAGGUUUUUAGGGUUUUAGCUUCCCUUACCUUCUUCGGGUGUUUUUUUUUGUUAUAAGAGAUCAGAAACCCUAGAAAAAAUAUGAAUAUGAAUAUGACGACGGCUAAGACUUUGGGUCGAGCUUUAGGUUUAUGUUUAUCUAGGCUUUGCUUAUAGGCUUUAUUAUUGGGUCGAUUAUGAUAUCAUAUGGGCUGAGGCUCUAAGGGGGAGGAAAAAUACUGAUUUAUUAGUUGAUUUUAAUCAUCCCAAUAUUAAGAAGUGUAACGAUAUACGUAAAACAGUUAAGUAUGGUGGAAACAGAUUAUGAAUAUGUAGAAUUGUAAAAUUACUGAUCCCAUAAUGUUUUUUUAUAAUAUAAAUGAAUGUUUUUCUAAAAAAGACAUUAAUGAUUUAUGGACUUUGUUUCUUAUUAGGUUGUAACAUAUAAAGUAGAGAAAUCAUGAAGUCACAAAUAAUUAGCUAAUUCAAGUACUAAAAGUCUAAAACAGUUAAGUAUAGUGGAAAUAGAAUAUGAAUAUGUAGAAUUGUAAAAUUACUGAUCCCAUAAUUUUUUUUAUAUAAUAUAAGAAAUGAAUGUUUUCUGAAAAAGCAUUAAUAAUUUACGGGCUUUGUUUCUUAUUAGGUUGUAACAUAUAAAGUAGAGAUUAGUCAAAAAAAAAAAAAAAAAAACAUAUAAAGUAGAGGAAUCAUGAAGUCACAAAUCAAUGAAAUCAUUAGCUAAUUGAAGUACUAAAAUAGAGGUUUAGUUGACUCUCAAUCUUAACUAAAGCACAUCAGCAACAACAACUCCACUUCAAUAACUCCAUUCACAAUAACACCAACCAAAUUCAUCAAUGCUUCUUUAUAUAAACCCAUUAACCCAUCCAUCAUUAAACAUCAAACAAAACAUAAAUCAACACAACUUGAGUAUCCAAAACAAGAGACCAAAAUGACCAAAGCUCAUCACAUAACCAUCCUUCUCUUCCUCAUAUCCGCCAACUUCCUCGCAUUCAUCAACUCAGCUAGACUUCUUGAUGAGAUCCAACCUCAGUCUCAGUUAGUCCCUGCUGGCCAAAUCCCCACCGUUGCUCCAACCGAAGCUGAGGAAGAACCAGCACCAGCAACUACACUCCCAUCUGGUCCAGCAGGGGCUGGACACGAGCCAUUACUAGAGUUCUUUAUGCACGACGUCCUAGGCGGGUCACACCCAUCAGCUCGUGUGGUCACUGGAAUAGUAGCACAAACCGAAGUGAACGGUAUACCAUUCUCAAAGGCCAGCAACAGCAUCUUCCCUGUAGACAACGGAGUCCCACUUGUCAACUCAAACAACAUCAACAGCGUCAUUAACCCAAACACAGCCCCGCUUCUCACAGGCCUAGGCGGCGCACAGACCAGCACAGUGAUCCAAAACACCAACGGGAACUCCAACGACGCCCUCAGCACCAACAGUCUCCCCUUUGUAACCGCGGGAAACCUCCCUCCAGGUGCUGCUCUCCAGCAUCUCAUGUUUGGAACCAUAACCGUUGUGGACGAUGAGCUAACCGAAAGCCACGAGCUAGGCUCAGCGGUUAUAGGGAAGGCUCAGGGGUUUUACCUGGCUAGCUCCUUGGAUGGGACGAGUCAGACACUUUCUCUGACCGUAUUGCUAGACAGAGAGCAUGACCAUCAUGACACUUUGGACGAUGCCAUUAGCUUCUUUGGUGUUCACAGGACAGCCUCUCAUGCCUCUCAGAUUGCUGUUAUCGGCGGGACGGGGAAGUUUGAGCAUGCUAAAGGGUAUGCUAUAGUGGAAACUCUGCAUAAUCAGAACAACCAGCAUAUCACUGAUGGUCAAGACACUAUUCUACACUUCAGUGUAUACCUCACCUACUACAAAGCUUGAAGAGGUGUCAAAACAAAUAUAUGAUUUGCUUUUGUAUAUGUUAUUGCUCUCUAGCUUCCACUUGUGGCUUUGCUUUUCCUUUGGUUUCCAAAGAAAUUUUUAUUUUAAUGAAACUGUUUCAAUCUAAA